AUGCAGAAAGGAAAUGUCAAACCAUCCGAAUUUCAAGUUUUGAUCAAAGGUGGUGCUGCCUUAGAUAUGAACGCUGUCGAACCUCGACCAGAUAAAAUGAAGAAAUGGUUAACUGAUAUGACUUGGCUGAAUUUAGUCGAACUUUCCAAGCUCGCACACUUCUCACAAGUCUUACGACAAGUUGUCAGUAAUGAUAAGACAUGGUACAAUUGGUUCUUAUCUGAUGCACCCGAAGAAGUCACAUUUCCUGAAGCAUACUCGACUACAUUGGAUACAUUCAAGAAAUUAUUAUUAGUUCGAUCAUUUGCACCAGAUCGUACAUUACCUAUGGCCAAGAAAUAUAUUGGAGAAUCUCUAGGCGUUCAAUACGCUGAAGGUUAUAUUCUCAAUUUAGAAGCUAUGUGGCAAGAAUCGGAUAAACGUACACCACUUGUUUGCUUCUUAUCCAUGGGCUCUGAUCCAACGGAUAAUAUCUUGAGCUUAGCCAAGAAACAAAACACAAUUUGCGGUACGAUCUCCAUGGGUCAAGGUCAAGAAGUUCAUGCUCGACGUUUAUUGCAACAAAGUCAACAAGAAGGCCGAUGGAUUUUACUUCAAAAUUGCCAUUUGGGCUUAGGUUUUCUUGAAGAAAUGUUAGACACAGUGGCACAAACCGAACAAGUCGCUGAUACAUUCCGCUGCUGGUUAACAACUGAACCGCAUCCGCAAUUCUCUAUCAAUGUUUUACAAUCAUCAAUCAAAUAUACUUUCGAACCACCCCAAGGUGUCAAAGCUGGUCUCAAACGUACAUUUGCUGGUCUGACACAAGAAGUUGUCGAUGUUAGUAACUUCUUUGAAUGGAAAGUUAUGUUAUACACAGUUGCAUUUCUGCAUACAACCGUACAAGAACGUCGUAAAUUCGGUCCACUCGGAUGGAACAUUCCGUAUGAAUUCAAUCAAUCAGAUUUUUCGGCUACCAUUCAAUUCAUUCAAAAUCAUAUGGAUGAAAUGGGUUCGAAAUGGAAUGUCUCAUGGCCAACUGUCCGAUACAUGAUCGGUGAAGUUCACUAUGGUGGCCGUGUCACGGAUGACUUCGACAAACGAUUACUUAACACUUAUACACGUGUUUGGUUUCUCGAUAAUAUGUUCACGGAGAAAUUUGAAUUCGCACCAAAUUAUAAGAUUCCACGUUGUAAGACCAUUCAAGAAUUCCGUACGCAUGUCGAAUCGAUGAGCUUGUUCGACAGUCCAAAUGUUUUUGGUCUUCAUCCAAAUGCUGAUAUCACCUACCAGAAGAAUACAGCUGAUUCGAUUCUCGCUACAAUCGUUAACAUUCAACCAAAAGAUGCCGGUGCUGGUGGUGGCGAAACACGUGAAUCAGUUGUCUAUCGUCAGUGUGACGAUAUGUUAAGUAAACUGCCCGAAGAUUAUAUUCCACACGAAGUUCGAGGUGCUUUACAAAAACAAGGAGCUUUACAACCAUUGAACAUCUUCUUAAAACAAGAAGUUGAUCGUAUGCAACGUGUCAUCGGCGUUGUACGUAAUACAUUGAAAGAUUUGAAAUUAGCUAUCGAUGGAACAAUCAUUAUGAACGAAAACUUGAAAGAUGCUUUGGACAAUAUCUAUGAUGCACGUGUACCAGCAACAUGGAGAAAAGUUUCGUGGGAUUCCGCAACAUUAGGUUUCUGGUUCAGUGAUUUGUUAGAUCGUAAUCAACAAUUCUUCACGUGGCUGUUCAGCGGACGACCAAAUGUGUUCUGGCUUACUGGAUUCUUCAAUCCUCAAGGUUUUCUAACUGCUAUGCGACAAGAAAUUACUCGUAAUCACAAAGGCUGGUCAUUGGAUAAUGUCGUUCUUGCCAACGAUGUGAUGAAAGUGGCCACGAAAGAAGAAGUAACAUCAGCACCAUCUGAAGGUGUUUACAUCUAUGGAUUGAAAGUCGAUGGUGCCGCAUGGCGUAUGUCUCGCGAAAGAGGUGGUCAUCUUGCUGAUCCUCCUCCAAAACAACUCUACUCGGACUUACCAGUCGUACACGUUUACGCAACAAAUGAACCUAAGCCGUUGGGCAAUUCUUAUUACGUCUGUCCAGUUUACAAGAAACCACGACGUACUGAUUUAACAUAUAUAUUCUCAUUAUCAUUGAAGAUUAACAACAACAAUCCGGAUUUCUGGUGUUUACGUGGUGUGGCUCUCCUUUGCGAUACAAAAUAA